AUGUCAUCGACAAUGAUGAGCUAAAUAGCUCUUAUUUUUAUAGAUAGUUUUAUAGUAUUUUAUAUAGCUCAUUCUUUAGUAAAGCUUUUAGCAAAAAAAGAUAAAAAAUUCACUCUUGUUUUAGUAGGCUUGGUUGCCGCUGUGCUUUUAUCUUCUCAUUAUGUUCUGUAUACAAAUUUCGUUAAGGAAUAAAAUUAUUUUGAAUUCUUUGGUGUUGAAAGAGCUUACAAUUCAGAUAUCCUUAAUAAAAAAUUAAGACAAACUUUAAGUUUGUAUCACCCUGAUAAGAAUCCAAACAGUAGCUUGGAGUUAUUUAACAGAGUUUCAACUAUGCGUAAUACUUUAUCAGAUCCUCAUUACUAAAAGCUAUAUGAUAGAUUUGGUGAGUUUAAAUAUGUUGAACAAUCAAAGCAAGCUGAUUAUCCAGGCACAAAACUUUAGUUAGCACUCUCAGGGUAUGUUAAUUCAAUUUCUUUUUACUCUGUGCUCUUCAUAGUUUCUGUUGUAAUGAGUUAUGGUCAGAAAUUCUCUAAAUACAGAAUUUUAUCUAGUUUGGUACUUUUAGGUUUAUAGGCCUAAGAUUUGAUAAUGCUUGCAUAAGUAGAUGAUGCAUAUGAAGGAGUUAAAUAAGGUUAAAGAAUACCUAAAUUUGAGGUAGCUAGAGAUUUCUACGAUGACUAUAUUCCAUCAUUUUCAAUCUUUGAAAGAUUAGUAUUAAUAAGAUAUUUAUGCGUUGCCUUGCUUACUGCAUUAAGAUUAUACUUCGACCUCUUGAAAGAUGAAGUUGUUAAUAUUUAUGAAGAUUAAAUUGAUAAAUAGCUUGAUACAAUUUAUGAAAAAUUGCUGAAGCAGAUAGAAGUAUUCAAGGUAAAUCCUUAGAGUCCUCCUCCUUAACCAGAUGAAUAGGCCAAAGAAACAGACCCUCUUAACAAAGAAUAACCUGCAAAAGUCUUUGAUAUUAAAGAAUUUAGCAAUAAUAAAGAAGAUUUACUCAAACUCAAAGAGUUGGCAUUAAGACACAAGGAAGAAAUUCCCAAAGAUAGAUUCUUAUGGCUUAAAAAACUAUUUAAAUUUGGUCUCUUUUUACUGUUUAUCUACUCAUUUGUCUCACGCUAUUUAGAAGAUGACUCCCAAGACAAUUAAAAUUCAUAACAGAGAUAUCAAAAGUAAUAAUAAUAAUAAUAAAGAUACUAGCAUCACACAUAGUUUGAAGAAGAUGAUAUUUAAUAUUGA